AUGAGGUUGCUUGCACCCCUGAUGCUCCUUGUGAGCCUUAUGGUAGAAUUACUUGUGGCCGACAAGCUGAGAAUUGACCGAAAGGCCGUCGUUCAAUCUUUCAACCCAACAAGGACGGACAGCUCACCCGAAACCCCUUUGCAAGUGGGCAACGGGAACUUUGCCUUUGGCGCAGACAUCACCGGUCUCCAGACGUUUGGACCCUUCUCUACGCUGUCGACUUGGGGCUGGCAUAACUUCAGCCUGCCCAAGACCCCAGGCCAGACACAAGUAUCAGACUAUCAUGGUACAGACUGGUGGACUCAUGGCCGUCUCGUCAAUUACAACAUGGUCAGCCCCAACGAGAGCGAGAUUGGGAACUGGCUUCGAGAAAACCCUCAUCGAAUCAACCUUGCGAGGAUCGGACUCGUCUUCGGGGAUCAAAAUAUAACUGAAGCCGCGCUUUCUAACAAAUCACAAACCCUGAAUAUGUGGACCGGCAUCCUCACCUCUCACUUCACAUACAAAGACGCCUUGGUGACGGUUGAGACGGCGUCAGACCCAGAGACGGAUACUCUCUCGAUAACAGUUAAAUCUUCGCUUCUUUCUUCCGGCGACAUCGGAGUGGGUUUUGAUCUCCCUUAUCCCGUCAACCAGAAGUUUGAAGCCCCAUCCGUUGGAACCUUUGACAGUCCAGAGAAGCACUCUAGCUCCCUGACUCAGUGUGCAGCGGGCAGCCAGGGCACCAGAGCUAGAAUCGUCCAUGACCUUGAUAAUACUACUUACAGCUUGCAUCUAAAUUGGAAUUCGGCUGACAAGAUCAUCAGGUCAGAUCCAAGUACUCACAAAUACUAUUUGUACCCUCAAAGCUCCGAUACAUUGAGCUUGACAAUCGACUUUUCUAAAACAGAUCGCUCACAUGUUUCCGUGGAUGCCUUAAAGGUUCAAGAACGAUCUAGAGAUUGGUGGCAAAAUUUUUGGGAGUCGGGCGCAUUCAUUGACCUGACGGGAUCUGAAUCUGAAGCAGCCCAAGAGCUUCAGCGUAUCACCAUCCAGUCCUUGUACCUCGAAGCGGUUAAUAUUGCUUCCGACUUGCCUCCUCAAGAAUCUGGUUUGGUCAACAAUGGAUGGUAUGGGAAGUUUCAUAUGGAAAUGUACGGCUGGCACACCUUCCAAUUUGCACGCUGGAAUCACUGGCCUCUGUAUUGGCGCUCCGCCAACCACACAUAUCAACUCCUUCUGGACGAUGCACUUAGUCGAGCAAAGAGGCAGGGAUACGAAGGUGCGCGAUGGGGCAAAAUGACAGGAUCCAACCUCGUUGAUAGCCCAGGAGAGAUCAACACUCUUCUCAUCUGGCAGCAGCCCCACGCGAUGUACUUUGCAGAACUCGAAUAUCGCCAAUUCCCGAACCCGGAGACGCUCGAGAAGUGGGAUCAGGUCCUUUCGGCCACGGCAGACUUCAUGUACUCAUACGGGUUUUGGAAUGAAUCGUGUUUUCAACUUGGCCCACCAAUGUAUCCCAUCUCCGAAAAUACUCAACCAAACUCGACUGUUAAUCCGACAUUUGAGCUGGCGUACUGGCGCUUUGGCCUCGAAGUUGCAUCCAGAUGGAACAAACGCCAGGAGAAGCAGGUGCCGACUCACUACACGGAGAUGCUAGAGAAGCUGUGUCCUCUCCCCGUCGAUAACGGCACAUACCCUAUUUAUGAAGGUAUACUUGAUAUGUGGAUCGAUAAUAACACAGUUACUGAUCACCCUGGAAUGGCUGGAAUCUACGGGCUUCUCCCGCCCCCUUCAGAACGAGAUGCUCUAGACUUAGGAAUCGUACGUCAUACAGCCGACCGCAUUCAUGAAGUCUGGGACUUACCCAACUCAUACGGGUGGGAUUUUCCAAUGCUGGCAAUGAAUUCUCUUCGGUUGGGGGACGUGGACCGUGCGAUAGAGUAUCUGCUUCACCCGUCGUUUGAUUUCGAUGAUGCCGGGUAUCCAACCGGGGGCACAAGGGUUCCUCGGCCGUACUUCCCAAGCUCGGGGUCAUUUCUGCUGGCCAUGGCAAUGAUGGCUGGGGGCUGGGAUGGAGAGGAGUAUCCGCAUUUUCCUACAGACUGGGCUGUGAAGGUGGAAGGGUUCACCCCGGCGAUGUAA